AUGUUCGGUAACAAACCGUUCGGUGCCGAUCAGCGAUUCCAAGUUUGGGAUUGUUGCAUGCCCAGUCAAGAUAUGUUGUCAGUUUUCAUUCGUUUCGUAGAUGAUGAAUUGAAACCAGUUGAGAGAUUUGUAUCAAUUAAAGAAACACUAGCUAAAACUGGCGGUGCACUUUCCAGUCACAUUCUUAGUGUUCUAGAAGAAAAUGGACUUGAUAAUUCAAAAUUAAUUAGUCAAAAUUAUGAUUACGCGAAAAAUAUGUCAGGUGAAAUGAAAGGAGCACAAAAUCAAAUAUCUAUGAGGCUGAAAAGAAACAUUGUUUAUAUACCGUGUGCUGUUCAUAGAAACAAUACCGUUGUGAAGCAUGCAAGUGAAGAGAAUACUGAUAUUGUUACCCUAUUAGGAAGAAUACAAUCUAUUUAUAAUUUUUUCAUGUGCAGUAGUAAAUGUUUCACAAAACAGCUCAAAUCAACCUCAACAACAAGAUGGAAUGCAAAAUACGAAAGUGUGAGAGUCGUGUUAGAAUCAUUUAAUGAAAUUGUUGAAGCUCUAAACGAAAUAGGUGAAGCAAAAGAUGAUUUUGAUAAUGACUCAAGAAAAGAAGCAAAAUCAAUUGCAAAUAACAUUCAGACUGAUAGUUUCAUUGUUUACUUAAUAUUUAUGAAAAAUCUCUUAGCAGCAACGAAUGCACUUAAUUCAGAAUUGCAAAAAGAUGAUUUAAAUAUUAUAACUGCAAUUGAAAUUCUGGCUAAGACUGUGGAUAUGUUGACAAAAGACAGAAACAAUGAUGAAUGUUUAAAAAAUCUUAUUGUUCUUAGUGAAAAAAUGGCAGAAAAAUAUUCAGUCGAUUUUAAUGAAGAAUUUAAACUUAAACACUGUGUUCGUCGGUCGCCAAAGAUAAUUGAUGAUAAUCCGCAGACUACUCAUGUCUUUACACAGACUGAAUAUUAUUCGAAGCAAUUUAGAGCGGUGUACGAUCUUCCAAUUAAUGAAUAUAGUGAUGUUAUUGCAAAUAUGACUGAAAGUGUUAAAUCAUCAGCUAAAUUAUCUCCACAGCUUAUUCACAAUGUUACUAUUGAUGAUCGUAAACAAAUAUAUGAUGCAUCUCUUAUUGAUGAUCCGACUCUUCUAUUCUCAGCAAUUGCUUUAUAUUCUACUGACAUAGAACAAUGUCAAUCUCUCUCUGAAGCUGCAGCUUCCAUCAAACAAAAGCAGUCACUUCCACGUCUCUUUCAAGCCUGUCGUUUUCUUCUCAGCUUCCCGGUUACUGUUGCUUCCAACGAACGUGGCUUUUCUGAACUUAAACUUGUGAAAAAUAGAUUAAGAUCAACAAUAGGAGAUUGA